CUGAUUCUCGGGAUCAGAGAAGGGAGAAUAGAAUUUCCUCGGCUGGGGAGAGAAAGGGGUCUCCGCGAGCAGAGAGGGAGGGGCGACCUAGGGGUUGGAGGCCGACUCAAUACACCCCUUUGUCGGCCCCUCAAGCGCAAAUUCUGGAGGUGAUGGAAAAAGAAAUUCAUGACAAUGUUGUCAGAUGGCCCAAGACUAGAAAGGACGGACCAACGAGACCGAAGAGUAAUCUAUAUUGUCGAUUCCACAAAGACUAUGGUCACAAUACUGACGACUGCAGGCACCUUAAAGACGAAAUCGAAAGACUGAUUAAGGUAGGACACUUGAAGGAAUUCAUAUAUAAGGAUCGAGAAAAGUCGAACAAAAGGAGGGAAAGGAGCAGGAGCCCUCGCAAGAGGGCGAGAACGCCGGAGAAAGAGGAGCUCCCACAGAAAAGGGGAACCAUACAUAUGAUAAUUGGAGGAUCAACUGAUGGGGAUUCGAAUCGAGCAAGGAAGGCGUAUGCCCGAGGGCGCCAUGGGAAAGUCGAGAUACAACAAGUCGAUGAGAAUGGACCGGUAAUAAACUUCGGUCCAGCAGAUGCGGGAGAAGUUGAGAGGUCUCAAAAUGACGCAUUGAUGAUAACGACCCAAAUAUCGGGAUAUGAAGUGCAGAGAGUGUUUGUCGACACUGGGAGUUCUGUAAAUGUGAUUUUUUACGAUUGUCUCAAAAGGAUGGAACUCGACAUACAGCUCACACCCCUCCAUACCUCACUAUUCGGUUUCAACGGGUCAGAGGUCGUGCCCCUAGGUGAAACCAUGCUCGCUGUCGUUCUAGGGGAAGGUGACUUGCGGAAGGUAAAAAUGGUGAGAUUCGUGGUGGUUGAUGUCGAGUCAGCUUACAAUGUGAUCCUGGGGAGGCCAGCACUUAACGCAUUCUGGGCGGUAGUAUCGACCUACCAUAUGAAGCUAAAGUUCCCAGUCGGAGACCAAGUUGGAGAAGCUCGAGGCGAUCAAAAGCUGUCGAGGACUUGUUAUCAAAUCGCUGUAAAAACCAACCAACGGGCCGAAGUUAAGGAGGGAAAGAAGCCAAUGAUGAGCGAGAAAAGGCCAAGGAAUGGUGAUCUUGAACCACAGGGGGAGCUAAUGGAAAUACAAAUCGGAGAAACAAAGGAACAAACCACUAAGAUCGGGAAAGAUCUGAAAGUCGAGCUACGAAACCAACUGAUCACACUACUAACGGAGUUCAGGGAUGUUUUCGCCUUCACCCCUGAGGAGUUGACAAGGAUCGACCCCGCUAUUAUGGAACAUAAACGUAACGUCGACCCCCUCAGAAAGCUAGUAAAACAGCGACUUAGACGUCAUG